AUGGCAGAGGCUAUAUUGGAUAUUACUGAUAAUGGCUUUUCGCCCCCUCAAGCCGCUCAUAGACGGGGAGUGCCUCGGUGCACUCUAAUAGACAGACUUAACGGCCCCGGGGCCGUGAAAGAGCAGAUCCACCCUCAUCGACGCUUGUCAAACAGCCAAGAGGAUAGGCUGGCUCUCUGGAUUCUCCGUCAGGUGUCCUUGGGAUAUGCUUCGUCCCACAGUCAGAUCCGCGCCUGUGUCAUGGGCUUGUUGAGGCAGCAGGGCGAACGUCCCAACUUGGGACGCAACUGGGUGAACAAGUUUAUCAAUCGUCGCGCAGACAUAAAGACCAAGAUAGGGAGACGUCAAGAAGCCAAAAGGUUCGACUCUUUCACACCUAAAGCGGUUCAUUGGUACUUUGAUAUCAGGGAGGGCCAAUAUGGUUGGAUCAAGCCUGAAAACACCAUCAACGUUGAUGAGGGGGGGUACUAUGACUGGUUUCGGCAAGCAUUCACCUCUGUUACCUGUCUAGAUAGCCUGGUCGUUGGAAGCCCGGACCCGAAGCGCAAGGCGUUCCUCAAGGGACCACAAACUCGGAAUUGGACUUCAUUCAUCGAAGCUAUCACUGCUGACGGCCGCACUUUGGCUCCUGGCAUAACAUCCAAGGGGAAGCAACUCCAGAAACAGUGGUUUCUUGAUGAGUUCAAGCAGAUAGCAGACUGGUAUUAUAUAACAUCGCCUAACGGGUGGACUGAUGACCAUAUUGGCAUUGAAUGGCUGGAGAGAGUCUAUCUGCCCCAGACCACGUCUGCUGACGACUCAGACGCGAGACUGAUCAUUUUAGAUGGCCAUGGAAGCCAUGCAACAGAUGAAUGGAUGGCCACGUGCUUUUUGAACAACGUUUAUUGCUGCAAUCUACCAGCACACUGCUCUCAUGGACUCCAGUCACUGGAUAAUGGAGUAUUUAAUGCGUCGAAGGCUGCAUAUCGACGAGAGUUGGAAAAGUUCGCUUCGUUGACUGAUUCCGCUCCAAUGGACAAGGUAAAUUUCAUCAGGGCCUACGCCAAGGCUCGCCGAGCUGGAAUGACUAAGAAGAACAUACUGUCUGGCUGGAGGGUCACUGGAAACUGGCCCAUUUCACGUGCUAAAGCAUUACGGCACCCUGAAAUCCAACAAGAUAGGCCAAACGGCAGCCCAAGAGUGACUCCUGAACCCAGGCCGUAUCUUGGCUCGGACGAUACACCACAAACGAGCCGUCAAAUUCGUGAUCUUGGGUUGAACAAAACACCAAAGACGCGGAGACAGCAUAACGUGAUAGCCAAGGGCUUUGAAGCUCACCAGUAG